AUGAGUUCUCAGAGUGCGACUCGCAAGCGACCUGCCCCAGGAACAGUCCCGGUCGUUCAUCCUCAGAUGAAUACUGUCCCCAAUUUCCCGACUACAGCGAACCCUGGCUCCCAGCUUUCAAACGAUCAAUUUUUACAAUGGGGCCAGAACCCCUCCAGCUCCGUCAAUACUUCUGCUUUCUCCGAUAACUCAUACAACCCUGUUGGGUUUGCGCCUCAAGAUGUGUCUGCACCGGCUGCGACAGCAUCCAACCAACUUGCUCGCCGACAGGCAAAUCAGCCCCAGAAUCAGAAUCAAAAUCAGAAUCAGAACCAGCUGAUCAGCCGGAACCGUGGGUACGAACAGGCGCCCGCAUCAUAUGUUGAAAAUGGGGACAACACAGGUAAUGGUGAGAGCGGCGCAUGGGGCGAGUCGCUGGAAGAGCUAUACCGGCGUGCUCAGACUGCGAAGAGAGACGCACAAGCAAAACGAAAACAGAUCCCUCCGUUUGUGCAAAAAUUGAGCAGCUUUCUUGACGAGUCUAAGAAUACAGAAUUAAUUCGUUGGUCCGACGAUGGCAAUUCUUUCAUCGUUUUGGACGAGGAUGAAUUUGCGAGGACGUUAAUCCCAGAACUGUUCAAACACAACAACUACGCAUCUUUCGUUCGACAGCUGAACAUGUACGGCUUUCACAAAAAAGUUGGCCUUUCCGACAAUUCUAUGCGCGCCAGCGAGCGAAAGAACAAGAGCCCUAGCGAGUACGCGAACCCAUACUUCAAACGUGGCCACCCAGAUUUGCUGUGGCUUAUUCAGAAGCCUAAGAAUGCUACAGGCCAUGCCAGCAAACCCAGCAAAGGUGGUACUCGCGUGAAGACGGAAGAUAAUGAUGAUAAUGACAUGGACGAGUAUACCGAAGAGGGUACACCCACUACUCGUGAGACUCGUUCUCGGCCACAACAGCUGUCUUUAGUCACCGACAGCUCUGUGCCCAAUGAACAACUUUCUGGCGUUUAUCGCGAAUUGCAAGCGAUUCGUCAGCAGCAGUCAAUCAUAUCAACCACAAUCACCAGGCUGCGAAAAGAGCACGAGCAGCUGUACGCACAGGCUGCCAACUUCCAGGAGCAACACACCCGACAUGAAAACUCCAUUAAUGCCAUUUUGACUUUCCUUGCGACGGUCUACAACCGCAGUUUGCAGGGACAAGAUGGUCCUCAAAACCUUGCUAAUUCAUUCGCUGGGGCCAUCUCGCAGGAUCAAGGCAACAUUGUGGACGUCGAUGAUGACUAUCUAAGCAAUGCGCUGGGAUCUAUGACAAGCCCCAAUCACCAAAGAAUGAAAAAACAGCCAUUGCUUUUGAAAGCACCCCCAGCAUCUGAUGAAGGUGGCCGUGCAAACACGGUCUCACCAGCAGCCAGCGGUUCUUACGACACACGAUCUCGGGGCCACAACCGGCAACCCAGUGCUACACAGCCGGGCCAUGUGGAAGAGGUCUUCGAUCAUAGUCCUCGGCCGAGCGCGUCCAACGUGCCAAAAGAUCAAACAGAUGAUGGUUUCCCCCAACAAGAUAUCAUGUCUGUCAUCCAGAACUCCAAUGCACGCAACGGGGUUCCAACAAACUUCUCCGAGUUCCCUAAUGUCCUAUCCUCCCUCGAAAACCAUGGUGGCAACGUUCCACUCACGGCCAACCAACGCGCGGACAUGCUGCGCCUCAUGGCCAACGAGACAAACUCUGCCGAACCCAGUGCUGGUGUAUCGCCCAACAAUGCGCUCAUCUCACCAAAUCCACCUCCUAUGCCACACAACUACUCCGGCCGGCUCGCCAGCACCCGUCAAGAGAUCGACAAUUUGGUCAAAAUGCAAGCCGAACAGGACCGUUCCGUCCAGAACCUGACCAGUCUGCUCCAACCCCUCAGCCCGAACGGGACGAUCCCCGGUCUCGACAGUGACGGAAAUGUCCCCCCUCCUCCGCUUGACCUCGACCAAAUAUUCAACAACGACUACUUCACCGAUAUUGGAGAUAUGAAACAUGCCGAGAACCCAAUGAGCCACAUCACCGGCCAGAACACCACUGAUCAGCCUGGGACGACCCAAGCCGAUGACGGCGAUACCAAUGACCUCUUCGACUUUGACCACAUUCCUGCCGACGGCGAUCUUUUCGACAACACAAAUGCCCAGGCUGACCCAGCCUACAACUACGGCUUUGAUGGAGCCGGUUACGAUGACUCCGGGCGCGUCAUCGAGCAGUUGACUGACAGUGAAGCCACCAGCCCUGCAGCAACGGAGAAAACCGAGGCUGCCGAUGAUGGUGGUAGUGCCAGUAAGCGACGCAGAAAGGCGUGA